AUGGGCCAACAGAGACAGGAUGAGGACGGCCUAGUAGGUUUGCAGAGUGGUGGAACCAGUAUGCUUCGAAUGAAUGCCUCCCCCAGAGCGAUUCGGAACGGUCAUCAACUUAUCGGGGAUUGGCUUGUGUUUGUGCUUGGGGGAUCAGUUGUUGUGAGAUCAAUGGUCCCACCCUUUAUGGCAUCGCAUACGCGAGUGGUUGCAUUCCCAUCAAAGCUUACUGCUAUCGCGUCCCAUGGGACACACUUAGUGUUCGGAGCUAGUGAUGGAUCCAUCGGGGUCUGUUGUUUGCAUGUCACAGAAGGCAGUGCCAUGCUUCACCUUGCUAUGGCACCUGUUGUUGUUACAUCCAGUACCAUCACUUCCAUUUCGUGUCAGGUCAGCGCUGUCCACAGCAUCAUUGUCGUAACUAUCACAGAUCUUACAGGCUGCUUGGUGCUACUCAUCAGUACGCAAUCUUACUCUAUCACAUAUCGGUAUGGAGGGUCGAAUCGGGAAGGCCAGAUUGGUCUUCCAUGGCCACAGAUAGCAGAAUCCUGCGUAGUUUCAAUAUUAGAUAAUAGCUCCCAUACAAGUACUGUUCUGUUUGCCUUUGGAACCAUUACUGGUGCUCUCUACACGUAUGUUUUUGAUCUUGCCAAUCGAGUCAUUACCCCCAUUCAGACUGCUGCAAUAAACGCGAGCCUUGGUGCUGAGGCGCGCUGUGCCGUCACAAGCUUAUCGGCCCUCCCCGCAGACACCUCCUCAGAAUUUCUGAGUGAUGCUCUCUCCUCGCAUGGAACGGGCUUCCUUCUUCUAGUAACGCUUCUCUACUCAAAGCCUCGUUUACUCUUUGUUGACGUACAGCUCUUGACCAUUUAUUCAUUAACAACUUUACCAUUGCACAGUGGCCAAAUGAUGAGCUCUAUUAUACUAUCACCUACGUUGUUGUGCACAAGUGGAAGCGAUCGCAUCAUCAAUAUGUACACAAUAACCAAAAGCGAUGGCCACAUAGACGCGACGCACCUUCAGGUACUUGGAACGAUAGAAACAGAAAUCGGUCGGGGAUUCGUUUCGAUUGCGGGCACGACAGAGUAUAUCGUUGGGAUAACUGGGGACGGCGCCUUGGUGGCCUACUCUCGAUGCAAUGAUGUACAGGAGUGCAGGUUUGUUCGGUAUAACAUUCCAGAAAGUCACACAGGAAGAAUUAGUCGGAUACAGAGCCUAUUUAUGACUGAUUCCGCAGGCUCUAUAGCAUCUUUGAACAAUACCCUUGUGUUAUCAGCGUCUUCUUCUGAUUUCCGCGUCCUGGUCUCCUUUGAAACACUCCCCCUUUGUUGGUGUGUCAUUCAUGGCUGCUCAAUCUUUGACAUCCUGGCUCUAGAGCCUCGCAAUCAACAGAGCUUCGCAAUGGUUGGAGACGAGAACGUCCUCCGUAUCAUUACUGUGCCCGGAUGGCUCCGAGGUCCCUUCGAAAGUGAGAGCGGAUCUACGAAGUCCAAUACAGACAAUGUAUUUGUGACAAAUCCCAUAGCAGGGAUGCCAGCACAACUUUCGCUCACUGUUUCACCACUCUGGACAGAGAGAGAAGUAGCGACAAGUUCCUUUGUGCGACCUCCAGUCUUUGCUCUCGACGACCUGAGAAGGUUUUCCCAUUUUCUGGAUCUUGCAGAAGGAUACAACACCUCGUCAGAGGAUAGACUUCUCCAUGGAACAACGCAGUUCCCUGAAAUUGCAGAGUGCUGCAACUUUCCUGGGAGUAACUGCAUGGGGCUGUGCCAGAGUCCAGAUGGCGCCUAUCUUGUGACAUUAUCUAUUGCUGGGCGUGUUACAGAGGAUACCAUGGUGCUCUGGGAAGUUUAUAAGCCAUCUUACGAUAAGUCACAUAGAGCAGGAACGCAAUUUCUGUUUAGAAAGAUAUAUUCUGCCAAACCAAUCUACGGUGAAAGCUAUGUUGAAGCUGUGUUUCUAGAUGUCACUCCUGCUAAACGCCCAGGCUGCCUUGGGUGUACAUGCGUAACCGUCGCCGCCAUAACAGAACAAGGGACAGUAUCAGUAUAUAAUAUAGAUGUAGGGACUGGAACCCACGACGUCGUCCAUUUGCAGCCAUUCAAAUCAGCAAAUAGUGCCAGGGAUGAAUGUGAAUUCACAGAUUACAUAGAGGCAUGGGAGCUAGGCAUCCAACCACGUAUCUGCGCCGGUAGCAAGUGGGUAUUUAUCUCCUAUAAGAAUACAUGCUAUAGAUACAGUGUGAAUGUCUGUGAUGUACGCCAGGGAGGUAUCAGACGUCUGGAGCUGAAUGACCCUGUCAGCAUUUCUAUCGAUCCACUCGUUGGAAACGUGUUAGCAAUGCUGUAUGACGAAGUACACAGCACUCUUUUUAUUGGAACACAAUCGGGCGCAAUCUUCUUGGCUAAGGAUGAGGGUUUAGGUUCUAUGGUCAGCUUGACAACUAGUGUUGGUGAGGUGACCGCACUCUGCAUUCUGCCGGUAUCUCCGGCGCCAAUUCUUGUUGCAGGCGACAGUGAAGGGUGCUUGUAUUUCUUGAAUAUCUCACAGAUUAUUUCUAAAAACGAUAAAUAA